GUGGACCUGAAGACCACUGCACUGGCCACCGAUACUGGGGCAGCCGGACCCAAAGAGCCGCAAUUCGGUGAAACUGAAAUUAUUUGCCUCAAUUGACCCAGGAAAAGGAUUCUCUUGGCCAGCGGCAAAAAGCGACUGAGCCGCGUGGGAAGAGAUUACCAGUGGGCUGUGAAAUGCAACAUGCGAAUGCCGUGGCUGCUGCUGUAGAACCUGACCCAACGCCAAUCAUGGGGGGGUUCAUAACCUUCUUUGAGCCUCAAUCGGCUGCUCUCUUUUGCUUUCCUAUUCCUUUAACCCUGAUAUAAUACCAGGCACUAUGACCAUCGCCAUGGCUGUGCUUCUUAAGCCAUCUGCUUUCCGGUCUCGUGCUUAUUUACCCAUUGCUCCCUUCGCCCAUUACCCAUCCCUCGUAUAGCGUGGAAUACACUAGGAUGACCGAUCUCACAAGGAGUCUGGACUCCAUUCCUUAUGAUGUUUUUUAUCAAAUCGCUUCCAAUCUGGAUUGCUAUGAUUUUAUCAGUCUCAGUCGCGCCAACCGGUCUCUGAAUCGUGUUAUGAGCAGUGGGCCUAUCGCCCGAAAGACCAUCGAGAACAAUCUCCUCCAUACCAAAGAAGGCCAAGAUGCAAGCCGGUCAAAAUCCGGCUAUCGCAAAGCCGUUGGUCGCCUGUUCGAUAUCAAAGAGUCCUUCGCCACUGCUCAGCCAUACUCAGCCUCCGUCAUCGCCUACGGCACCACUUUCCUCUACGACUCUGGUUCGUUGUGCUACGUCCACGAUGACGAUAUCCGCGUCCUAAACGUACAUGGCGCAGCCCAAAAAGAGCAGGUGAUGAACAUUUCCAACGUCGUCGCCCGCCUGCUGCCCCAUUAUGCACCAGGCACCAGCCCCAUCCGGCUGUCUUUGCUGCACUACAGCGACGGUAUUCUGGCGUUUCUGGUCGAGCUGGCUGAGGGUCCGGAGGCGUGGCUUUUUGCCAUCGAUCUGCGACGGCGACCGGCGAAUGCGCGCAAUGGUCGCUUGCGGCUGCGGACUCAGCUGUCGUCCACGCGGCGAUUGUUUGUUCGUCAUAAUGGCUCUUAUCUCUACUACGGUACUCACUCGUCCUUAGGAUACGAUGGAUAUCCGUUAUGGGCGAUUCACUGCGUCGAUCUGAGGACGGGUCGUCAUAUGUCGGAGAAGCCUGUGGAGUUGGCGCAUUUUGCAGGGAAUGAAAUCGGGCAGACGGUGUGUUUUGGUUUGCACCAGGACCAUUUGUAUGCCGUUUCGACACAGGUUGAUUGCGAAGAGGAAGAGGUUGACUGGACGUCGUUUUAUAUUUGGGUCUGUCUUGCUCCGGAGCCAAAUACGCGACGACGGGUUACUCCGAAUCGUACCUGGCGUCGUCAGCAUCGCGAGGGUCCUAUUAACGAUACAUGGACGGACCUCUCGCUGCGACAUGACGAGGCUACCAAACGCCUCAUGAUCCUCGAGUGUCGUCGCGAGUGGCGCAACGGAGGCAGCGAAAACUGUCGCACCUAUUACAUGCAAGCCCUCCCAUCGCCAAACGAAGUCAACACCGGAAAGCAACGCACUGUCCCGACAGACGCACGAGUCCCCUAUCACGAACCUCUUAUAAAAGUCCAUGACCCAUCAAGCAAACCAAACCCCGAACCACCCAAGAAACGCCUCCGUCGACACUACCACCCAGAAUACCAACUACGAGGCACCGGCACCGGCACCGGCACCGAUGACUCCUCCACCCAACGACGAGACUUCAUCCUCGCCAAAACCAAAUACCACGCCUACAACCUCUCCGCCUCAUCCUUCGUCGACCUCGUCAACGAUCCCUCCCCAGACCCCACCAACGGCAGCCCAAGCCUAAUCCCCCAUGAUCGCCUUCGUUUACGAACAGUCUCCCGAAAACGCAAAUGCCCCAUUGACGAAACAGGCGAAGAAGGACCCCGCGGCCUGCUCUACCGCCCGGACCUCAACGACACAAACGGCCAACCAAUAGACCACAGCGAAGAACGCUUCCUCUCGCGCGGCGUCCACAUGUGGCCUCCAGACAACGCGCCCAUAGAACUAAACAACCUCCUCUGUCCAAGUGAACGAGCAGGCCGCGUCCAAGCUAUGGCUGACGAACGAUCAAUCGUGUACUCAGUUAACCACGACGGUCUGGCAGAUGGCAAACAAGCGCUGAUCCUCAUCAACUUCGAUCCAUCGAUCAAAUUCUCCGGCCUCACAAAAUUGCACCAGUACAACCACCACUUGGACGAGAAUUUUUCCUCGGCUCAAGAUCCAGCUGGUGUGGCAGUUGGUGUUGAGCAGCCGCAGUUCGGGGGUCCGUCGAGGGAACGGCACAGUAUGUCGGUUGUUCGGACUAUGGGGACGAAUGUGGGGUUGCCGUCUGUAAGGGAGGAAGUUGCGAUGUAUUUGAGGAUUAAUCGGGGGUAUUGGUUGAGAUAAGUUAGGCUGAUAGUCAUAAUAAUCUUCAUUAUUCAUCCCGGUGGUUUAAAUCUACAAUGCGUUCUGCAAACUAACAAUGGAUGUCUACUAGACGGAUUAAUUCCAUCUCAUGCUUGGAUAUAUACAAACCAUGCACCCGCAAGA